CGGCCUCACUGACUCAGUUUCACCAGAAACCCUGGGAGGAGGUGGCCGAGCGCACCCGGCACCGGGGCGGAAGCGGGGGCCCGAGCCGCGCAGGAAGCCGGGACCGGAACCUCGGCAGGGGCGGCUCCACCCCACUCACCUGCGCAGGUAACCGGGGCCCUGGAGCGCCAGGCGGAGACGGAGCGGGAUCCGAGCAUGUGUGGCCCUUUGUUGUGCGCUGCUGCGUGUGCCUGGGUCUCCAGCACCCUUAGAGCCCAGAGGCCCGCACAGUGAAGGUGACCCCCGUGGGGAGGAGGGCAACGGCCCCGGGAAGGAUGAUGGCCCGUACCCGCCUCUCCCAGGCCAGCGUCCCAGCAGUCACCAUGUGGCUCCUGUGCGCCCUUGAUCUCUUGGGCACCGAGGCGGGGCCGCCGCCCGCGCCCCCCGGGUUGCCCGCGGGAGGCGCCUGCCUGGACCGCUUUACCGCCGGGGUGCCUGCCUUCGUGCUCGACACCGAGGCCUCGGUAGGCAACGGGGCCACCUUCCUGGGCUCUCCCACCGUGCGCCGCGGCUGGGACUGCGUGCGCGCCUGCUGCACCACCCAGAACUGCAACCUGGCGCUGGUGGAGCUGCAGCCCGACGGCGGGGAGGACGCCAUUGCCGCCUGCUUCCUAAUGAACUGCCUCUACGAGCAGAACUUCGUGUGCAAGUUCGCACCCAGGGAGGGCUUCAUCAACUACCUCACGCGGGAGGUUUACCGCUCCUACCGCGAGCUUCGGACCCAGGGCUUUGGAGGGUCCCGGAUCCCCAAGGCCUGGGCAGGCAUAGACUUGAAGGUGCAGCCCCAGGAACCCCUGGUGCUGAAGGGUGUGGAGAGCACAGACUGGUACCUACUGCAGGGUGACACGGAUGUCAGAGUAGAGAAGAAUGAGCCGGACCAGGUGAAGCUAUGGGGACUCAAGGAAGGCACCUACCUGUUCCAGCUGACAGCGGCCAACUCAGACCAGACAGAGAGCACGGCCAAUGUUACAGUUACUGUGUUGUCCCCCAAGCAGACAGAAGAAUAUUGCCUCGCAUCCAACAAGGUGGGCCGAUGCCGCGGUUCCUUCCCCCGCUGGUACUACGACCCCACAGAACAGAUUUGUAAGAGUUUCAUUUAUGGAGGUUGUUUAGGCAAUAAGAACAACUACCUUCGGGAAGAAGAGUGCAAGCUAGCCUGCCGAGAUGUGCAAGGUGGGCCUUUACGAGGCCCCUCAAUGGACAGGCACCGUCCAGUGUGCUCUGGCACCUGUCACCCCACCGAGUUCCGCUGCAGCAAUGGCUGCUGCAUCGACAGCUUCCUGGAGUGUGACGACACUCCCGACUGCCCCGAUGCCUCCGACGAGGCCACCUGUGAGAAAUACACGAGUGGCUUUGAGGAGCUCCAGAACAUCCAUUUCCCCAGUGACAAAGGGCACUGUGUGGACCUGCCAGACACAGGUCUUUGCCUGGAGAACAUCCCACGUUGGUACUACAACCCAUUCAGUGAACGCUGUGCCCGCUUUACCUAUGGUGGUUGCUAUGGCAAUAAGAAUAAUUUUGAGGAGGAGCAGCAGUGUCUUGAGUCCUGUCGUGGCAUCUCCAAGAAAGAUGUUUUUGGUCUGCGGCGGGAAACCCCCAUUCCUAACGUAGGCUCCGUGGAAGUGGCCAUUGCAGUACUCCUGGUCAUCUGCAUUGUGGUGGUGGUAGCCAUACUAGGUUACUGCUUCUUCAAGAACCAGAGAAAGGACUUCCACAGACACCGCCAACACCACCACCUCCAUCACCCUCAACCCCCUACCCCCGCCAGCUCCACAGUCUCCACCACAGAGGACAUGGAGCACCUGGUCUAUAACCACACGACUCGGCCCCUCUGAGCCUGGGGCUGCCUUGGCCCUUCAGUCUAGGGCUCUUGCAGGCUCUUUCCAGCUCUUGCCUGGCCCUCCUUCCUUUCUGUCAGGAUGGAAGCCUGGGCCGGGGAAGACUUUGGGAUCAGACUCCUCUAGCCUGUUUCCCAGGCCCACUCUGCUUCUGAGCCCAGGGCUCCAGCCCCUCUCAGAGAUGUCUCAGCUAAGUUUAGGCCUCUCAUUCCUGAGAAAGCUCCAGGGCCAGGGAGGAGCAGAAAACCUUUGAACCCGGAGUCCCAUACACAGAUGGACCUGUCUGCCUGGGAUUUGUGAAGAAGUUGGAGUUUUGUUUCCUGUUUAAAGCCGCCAUCUCAGAAGCUGGAGGUCCCAGCCCUGUCCUUCCCAGCUGGCCCUGCCACUCUGCACAGUUGAGGGCUAAAGGAGGGGGUAGGACCUCCCUGUAUAUUUUGUGCUAUAUAGAGCUCCUGUUUGUUUAUUUAAUGCCAUGGGGAUGGGUGAGAGGAGUGGAAAGGGGCCGCCUCUUCCCUUCCCCCAAGAGUACACCUGCCCGCCCUACAGAGCCUGAUGCUCCAUAGUAUCCUCCCCACAUGCCCCAGGGCUCUCAGGCAUCACACCCCACCCAUCCCCCUGCCCUCCACAGGCCCCAGUCCACCCACAGUGUAAUAAAAUAGUUGGUUCUGUGA